GCUUAAAUAAUUCAUUUUAUUUGAAAUGGGUCAGGUCUUAUCCAACCUGGUAAGAAUUUUAUUUGGAAGAAAAGAGAGAGUGAAGACAAGUGAUGAAGAGAAUGGCUACCACACACUUGUUGACUGCGAAGAGGUGAAGCUAAUUCAUCCUACCUCCGGUUAUGGAAACACCAGAGUUUCAGAAGAAGAAGAUGUAGCUGAACCAUUUCCUCCUGCCUCUACUGACCCAGAGAACAGGGUUUCAUCAUCAGAGGAUGAAAGGGUAACCAUCUUUGUUGACAAUGGUGUUGAGGCUGUAGAAAAGAUUAAUCCUAUCCUUCAAGUCUCUACUGGCGAUGAGAUCACAGUCUCUAAUGAUGAUUUAGGAGCCAAGGAAUUGACAAGAAGAGUCUUGCAAGGAGAGAAAAGGAUAAAGCACUACUCCAGUUCUCACAAGAUAUUACUGGUUGGGGAGGGAGAUUUCUCUUUCUCUGCUUGUUUGGCCAAGGUUUUCGGUUCUGCCGACAACAUGGUUGCCACGUCUCUCGAUUCAAAAAGUUUCUUAAAGAAAAACUACAGCAAUUCCAUGUCUAACAUCAAAGAUUUGAAGAGUAGAGGAUGUAUAGUUCUUCAUGGAGUAGAUGCAACAACAAUGUCAGUCCAUGAGUUCCUUGAGGGCAUAAAAUUUGAUAGAAUUGUUUUCAACUUCCCCUAUGCUGGUUGGUUCAAGGAAAAAUCGCCGGAGAACCAAAUCAGUCUACACCAAAAGCUUGUUAGGUUGUUCUUCAAGAAUGCCAAGAAGAUGCUUUUGGAAGAUGGAGAAAUCCAUAUUUCCCACAAAUCAAACAGGUUCCAUUGUGAAUGGAAUAUUGUAUCUCUGGCCUCACUUAAUGGCCUCAAUUUUAUAAAAUCAGUGGAGUUUAAUUUGAAUGAUUAUCCAGGUUACAAUACCAAAUAUGGAUUUGGAGGAGAUGAUAACUUUGAUUGCAAUCCCAGUGAGACUUACAUGUUCAGAAUGUAAUAGAU